GUCCCCUUCCAGGUCCACACACCCAGCCCCUAUUUCAGUUUGAGGCUUCAAAUACCUCCUUGACUGUCAACUGACCACUCUUGUCUCGAAUAUGCCUCGCGCAAAGAGACGAUCAGCAGAAUCGGACGGCAAUGCGGCCCCGGCCAGCGCGUCGACAGCUCCGAGCAGAGCGAAGCGGUCAAAGGAUGCGACGCAGAAGAACAAUACGAGCGGCAAUGCCUCUAUCGCCUUGGAGGCUCCUAAGAAAGCUGGUGCGAAUCUGUCGAAAGUCUCGGAGAAGGUGAAGGAUGACACCAGCGCGGAUGCUCAGCCUCUCACGGCUACUGCUAGCAACGUGAACGCUGCGGAGAAGGAAAAGGAGAAAGACAAUGUUUCUGGGUCUGCUACCGAGGGCAAGAAGCAGACUCCAAGGGAGAAGCAUGAGGCUGAGAACGCUGCUCAAGAAAAAGCGAUCCUCGCGAAAAUGGCAUCCCCCGAGGGUCUUGAAUACCGCUGCAUGUCUCGUCCUUGGAAAGACCGAAAAGCCGAAUGGCGCGACGACGAAGAUAUGGAUGAAGAGCCAGAUGAGGAAGACAUGGAGCAGUGCAUUGAGGAAAACAAGAAGUACUCAGAGGCUACACCAGAGGAGGUGCCGGAAUGGCCGUGGGUUGUUACCAAGAUGGGCAACUAUCUGGUUAAUGAGUACACCGACCAGGCCCAACGUAGGGACCAGGAUAACUUUGACAUGUACGUCUAUAACGACUUCACUGGAUAUGGGCUUCAGGAAGUUGUGGAGAAUCAGCUCGUUGCGUUCCACGAAGAGUAUACGAAGAAGGACUCCGAUCCCCAUCGCGUGUUUGUGCAUAUGGAGGCCAUGGCAAUUUGGCUGUUCAUCAAUGAGCUUGCGCCUUGGGUCGGUCUCGAUGACGGCGACCGUCUCUGUGCGACUGUAGACGCCAUCGGACGAGCACUCCUCACUGCCCUCAAUGCUCUUGAACGUGCUGAUCUCCUGAAGCCCGACUCGAAAGUCAAAAACCUACCUAUGGUGCUGUCCAUGUUCCUUUCUCUUGCAAGUGAUCUAGAUGGCACUGGGGCUAUGGAGCGGGACAUGCUCGGUGCCGACAAAGACCAGACAUGGCCCCACGCUGUAGUGGCUUACGCGCGAGCACACGAUAUUGAUCUCAAAGGCAAGGGCAUAUACGGUAGUGCAGAAACAGUUGACAAGUUCGACGACAUGGGUAUGGAAGAUUUCAAGAAAAAGGCGGGCCCCGAUAGGUGGGGCUUCAAAACGGCGUUCAAGGCCUUCACAGCGCACUGGGCCGCGCCUUCCGGUCCGAAGAAGAAGACGCUUGGAGGGGAAUUCUUUGAUAUCAUCAAGAAAUCGUCAGCGUACCGUAAGAAGCAUGCAUUUGAUGGUAAAGACCCUCUGGAUAAGAUGGACCCCGAUCGCCUCGUUCAUUAGGCGGACGUCUUUCCGGACUUUGAAAUCCACUGCUACAACCGAGAUUGUUGGUUUUCAAGUAGGUCUCUUUAUUGGAAUUGUUGAAUACAGCAGAGGUACAGAGAAACUUGGUAAGGCACCUUGUCCUAGGAGCUUGGAAUUAACUUCACCUACAAUGCUUGGAUAGUUAGUGGACCGUUCACUUCUGGAGUCUUUUAAGUUUCUCAAUACUUAUAAAAUAGUAGGG